ACCACCGCCUACAGGUGUAACCCACCCGCCGUCAAACAUUACAACUGCAGCCACAACCAAGCCACCGUCUACUGCUGUGGUGACAACAAUGACCCAUGUAAGUGUAGUAGAUAGUGCAUUCAAGGACGAUGAAGGACCUGUAAGAAAAAAAAUCAAAUUUUAUGUAUGAGAAGAUUAGUUUUCAUCACCGUGAAGUGUUCUGUAGGUUUGUCAGCAAUAUCGAACAUUGUUGCUAUUUUCAAAUCUAGGGCCUUUAAAGAAAUCAAUUCUUAUUCUUAUCAGGACAUAGUCACGUGCAUACGCUGUACUGGGAACGAGACUGACAGCUGUGGCAUGGCAGCUGCAACCUACACUGCAGCUGUUCCGUGCCGAGGAGGAUGCUGGGUGUUUCGGAAUGAGAACACAACGUCCGGAGCGGUGACUGUGGAGCGAGGCUGUGCUCAUCAAGACAGCGGGACUACUUGUGGAGGGGACCAAAAGAGCCAGAUGUGUACAAGCGCCGACAACAGCCCAGUGGAGGUGUGUCGCAGGUGCUGCGCUACAAGCCGCUGUAACCACGCUGGUCUCACCGUACCUGGAGGAAACGCAGCGCCAGGAGUCAGAAGCUCCGCCAUUGUCGUCCUGAUUCCACUUGUUGCUGGAAUACUUCUGUACUAAUACUGUAGGUAAACACAGCAUACCUUUGAUGGCACAUUCAUGUAUAUGCGCAGCACUCAAACGUACACAUUUCAGUAAUCAAGCGUGAGAAAGACCUACGUGGUUGUCAAGACCACAUGAAAACACUGCUGCAAAAGAGAUCAUUGUUAAUUUAUUGUUUUCAUCGUUCCGCAAGAUUGAGCACCGUCAUGUAUGUUUCAAUUUUA